AUGAGGACUGCUCUCUCCGCGUGGCUGACGAGCAGCACAGUACCGCCGGACGGCCAUGCAAGCCGUUCUAAUCACCGCAACUCAGUUUAUAACGGGGACGGCUCGCCCGCCGUGUCCGUGUCGUGGGAGGACUGGCAGCGCGCGUACGAACAAGCACGAGGGGCGGAAGGCAGACAGCAGCAGCAGGAGGGGCGCGCGGAGGGCAGGAAAGGGGAGGAGCAUGCGGAAGGCAUUCCAGGCAGACAGCCGCUGGAGGCGUUUGCGAAAGGCGUGGGGGUUGGAAGCAGCAGAGGCGAGCAGGGAAAAGGCAGGGAUGCAGGCAGUGGGCGAGGGGGGGCCUGGCAGCGCGCGUACGAGCACAAACAUCCUGAGUCUCGCAGUUCAGGCAGUGGCUACCAGGAAGCACGGGCAGGGGUGGAUGUUGAAGGCGGUGCAGAGGGGUGGGGGAGAACUGUCAUGGAUACGGGCGGGGGUGUAGGGAGAGGCGUGGCGGGAGCGGUGGGGGCGGUGAGGGAGUGUGUGUCGCUGGAUUUGGUACCGGAGAGGCUUCUGGUGAAGUUCCAGCAGAGCCUGGGGCUGUAUCGACUCGGAUUCAACUUCCAGGUGAGUUCCUCUCACGAGUUCCUCUAUGCAUGCGCACCUGCAUGA